AUGGCAACAUCGAGGAAGCCUGUUUCUUCAAAUACGAAGAAGAGCACGCUGGUCGAUGACACCGGCGGCAUGCCUGGCGGGGGUGCUGGUCUCCACCAGAUGGUGCCAAGGAACGUCAAUGCAGAUCGCUCCGGAUCAAGAGGUGCCCGAAAACAUGGUCAGAAAGGCAAGGACGAACUAUUUUCUUUCGACAAACAAAACUUGGAUAUUUUCUCGCUUCCGGCGGGGGCAGCGGCCGGAGGCGGGGGAAGAGGAAUACGAGGUCUCGCAGGCUCACGGAAGGCUAGACCUCCAAAGCCAUUGCAUUCAACAUCGAGCGAUCCGGCAGCUCCCAAAGGUACGGAAGGCGCGACCACAACCGUUGCCGGAAGCCUGAGCAAGAUUUUCACCCCCCAGCCGGCCCAAGCCGCCAUCGCAGAGUCUCUGAGUGUCAACAACGCCACAGGCGGGCAAGAACACGACGAUGAAGGCGCUGGCGAGAGUGAAGAAGGGGCCGUUACCGCUGGCCCCGUCGCCGGCCGGCCGACCCAGCCGGCGUUCGUCGUCAGCGGCCUAGCUGCCGUGAUCAAGGAUGUGCUAGCGCAUCCCGGAGGGAAGGCAUCCGGGGAAUCGGCGGCGUUCUUGAGGGUUCUUGCGCAGAUGUCGGCCGAUGAUGUCAAGUCCCCGGGCCCCGUAGCCGACCACAACGUUGGCGGUGGCGGUGAAGCAGCUGGAGGGGACGGCUCAGCGGAUGGGGCAAGCGCCGACCAUGGAGGUGCCGGUGUCGCGGCCAUCGACGACGCUGAGACCUUUCACCUAAAGACGGGAGAUGACGCAAUCAACUUCUUCGCCCAAUACGGAGCAAGUUCUCCGAUCAAGUUCGUACAUCUGGUAAGGGCCAACAAGGGCCACGACUUCCCCCCAUACGAUCUCGUCGUGGUAAACCCGCGCGAGUGCUCGGGCGACUAUUACUUGAUGAGCUCGGCCGGGUUGGUGCACGUGUGCCACGGGGAGCCCAGCGAGUUCACUCCCUUGUCGGAGUGGAUGAGACAGAGCACGAUGUUCAACAUGCUGCAGUCCAUCCGCUUCUUCAAGUGCUACCUGCACUCCAAGUGCUUCAAGCUGUGGAGGGACAACGUGCGGUACAAGCUCUUCUGCCAGCAGAGGAGGAAGUUGUCUCACCGCCUCUUUCUUGCCAAGGACAGCUUCGCCGGACCUUACGUUGAGCUGAGGCGGCACAUGAUCGACUUGCAGGACAUUGCGCUCUUAGACCUGGACGCGAUGAAGACGUUCGAGCGAGCGCAGUUCAUUGAAUACCAGAACGCCCGGAGAGUCGAAGCAGCAAAGGCGUUGGAAUCGAGCAUGGAAAAGGUUGGUGCGGUGGUGCAAAGGGUGUGCGCCCACGUGACGGGCCUUCCUAAAGCGGCGGAAGUGUCGGAGAGUCCACUGGACAAGAUGUUCGGUGGCGUGGGGGACAAGGGGAAGAGUCUGGUCGCUCUGAAGGAAGAGGCGGCCGAGAGGAGACGGAUGCUGCAGAGAGCGGCGGAGGAAGCCGGAAUGCUUGGUGACUUCAUCCGACUUACCGACUACGUGGCCGUGGAGGCUCUCGUCAACCUCACCGUGAGAACCAACGAGAUGUUUCUAACGGAGCUGCUCAAGCCCAGGAAGGCAGGGCUGUUCGAGACAACGGUCCUCUUCACCGACGAGGGGACAGCGUUCGCGCCGACCUGCGAAGAUAUAAAGGACAUGGUGACGGCCAUCACAGAGGCCGUGAUAAGCACCGUGAACGGGGUGGGCCGAAUCCUGUACCUGCGGCCGUUCAACGAGCACGUCGGCACGUCGGUGACGGACGGGCCGAACAUCCAGGACAUCGUGAGGGGAUCACGGGCCUUCCGAACGACGUCGGCUGAGAUCAGCGGGAAGGUCGAGGCUGAUUUCGCCGAGGCCGAGGAAUACGUGGUAACGUUCGACAGCGUGCGCCCGAUUUUCGAGUACAGCCGCACCUGGGACUUCAGAGCGUACAAGCUGCAACAGCACAGCGUCACGACGCUGCGGGAGCAGAUGCAGCGCAUCGGGGUCUGGGUGAACGAGCUCGAGAAGAUGCGCGCUCGGCAACCGUGCGGGACGCUGGAGGUGGAGAGCCGCAAGCUCAAGCAGAUGCUGAUCCCCAUGACGGAGGAAAAGAUGGACCAGAUGAAGACCCUCGUGAAGGAUCUGGCCAGGUCAAAGUGCAAGGAGCAGCUGGAGAAGUACAAGUCGCGUCUGGCCACUGUCGCACAGAAGCCGACGCACCUCAAGGACUUCGCGGGGUAUGUGGAGCAGCUGGAGGCUCUCAAGUCUCAGGAGAAGACGAUCACAAGGAACGCGCAAGUCGUGGAACAGAUGUAUGCGCUCCUGGCCCAGUACGAUGUCAAGGCCCCUUCAGAGGACAUGGUGCAAGUAGACGACUUGCGCACCAUACAGGCGCAAUACCAAGAGAGCAUGGAGUCGGCCAGGGACGAAAAGGAGAAGCGCAUGCCCGACAUGGUGCGCGACCUCGACACUAACAUCGCUCGCCUCAACGACCAGCUGGUGCAGCUGGGGGCAUCUCUGGACGAAGGGGUUUUCGUCGAUGCCGCGUGCUUUGGAAACCCGGGGCUGGUCCUAACAGAGCUAGAUCGGGUAAAGCAGAGGCUGGCGGCCGUGGACACGCUGGCCAAACAGUACUCGGCUUAUCAGGCUCUGUUUGGAAUUACCGUGUACAGCUACAAGAACCUGACCAAGGCCCAGGACAAGUACGAUCAGAUGGAUGGGCUAUGGCAGACGAUUUCCAGAUGGAACGAGAAAUCCGACUCUUGGAUGAACGACCCUUUCACCUCUGUCGACGCGGAGGCCGUUAACACCGAGGUCCAAGUUUUCGUCAAGGACGCUUUUUCGGCGCACAAGAAGAUGAGCUCCGAGGUGACGUCCAGGCUAAAAGAAGCCACACAAGAGUUCAAAGCGCAGCUUCCGGUCAUCGUGGAGCUGGGCAACCCGGCCAUGAAGCCUAGACACUGGCAAAAGCUAUUCAAGGCUAUGAACCAGCCCUAUUACCCCGAUCUGGUGUUUUCCUUGUCGGAGCUGCUGGAUCACGGGGUCGCUCAGCACGCAGAACUCGUCAGCGAGAUCAGCGCAGCCGCCAGCGGAGAGGAGCAGCUCAAGGAAUCCCUUGUUGGCAUCAGCAAGGGUUGGGAGGAGACGGCCUUCAUUACGCUAAACCACCGCGAGCAGCCGGGCGUGUUCAUUCUCGGAGGGCUCGAGGAAAUUCUCAUGGUCCUGGAAGACAACCAGGUCACGCUGCAGACCAUGAUGGGCUCGAGAUUCAUCAUGGGUGUCAAGGACGAGGUCGAAGCGUGGGAAAAACGUCUCGGCCUUCUCAACGAGACCCUGGACGAAUGGGUGGCCGUGCAGCGGAAUUGGAUGUACCUCGAAACAAUAUUCUGUGCCGAGGACAUCCAGAAGCAGCUGCCGGACGAGGCGGCCAAGUUUCAGGCGGUGGACAAAAUGUGGAAGUCGGUAAUGUUGGCUACCAACAAGGACCCGCUGGUGCUAAGCUGCGUCGGGGAGGGAAAGACGUACCUCGCGGAUUUUCAACAUGCGAACCAGCUGCUGGAGGAGAUUCAGAAAAGCCUCGAGGAGUACUUGGAGACCAAGCGCAUGGCUUUCCCCAGGUUUUUCUUCUUGUCGAACGACGAGCUGCUGGAGAUCCUCUCGCAGACGAGGGACCCCCGCGCGGUGCAGCCACACAUGUCAAAGUGCUUCGACGCCAUCAAGAGCAUUCGCUUCGGCGACGGCCCUGCAGAACAUGACAUCUUCGGCUUCAUGGACCCCGGUGGGGAGUACGUGGCGUUUACCCGAGGAGAGGUGACCGCCGAGGGGCCAGUCGAGUCUUGGCUCGUCCAGGUGGAGAAGGCUAUGCGAGACGCGCUGUACGACAACGCCAAGAGAGCGGUCAACGAGUACCCCAAGGGCAGGGAAGCCUCUAUCCGCAGGGACAAGUGGCUGUGGGACUAUCCAGCUCAGGUGGUCAUCGUCGUCGACGAGGUUAUGUGGACCGGAAACCUCGGGUCCUCCAUCCUGAGGGUGCAGCAGGCCGGCGAAAACGCCUUGCCGGACGAAACCGUUGUCGGGACCGAAAACGCCAAAUCUUUGCUCCUCGAAAAGAUGCCCGAGGGCGAUGACGUCGCCGUCGAAGGUCCGCCGGAGGCCGCGGUGCAAACCUUCCUAGACUACAGCUUGGAGCAGAUCGAGGCUAUGAUCGACCUCGUGAGGGGAGAUCUGGACAAGCAACAGCGGACGCUGAUGGGAGCGCUGAUCACGAUAGACGUACACGCCCGCGACGUGGUAAGGUUCAUGGUGAAGACAAAGGUGUGCUCCGUGUCGGACUUCGAGUGGACGAAGCAGCUGCGGUACUACUGGGAGGAAGCCGCGGACGACGUCGUCGCCCGGCAGACCAACACCCGCUUCCUCUACGGUUACGAGUACCUCGGGAAUGGUCCCCGCCUCGUCAUCACCCCUCUCACCGACAUCUGCUACAUGACCCUAACGGGGGCGCUGCACAUGAGACUGGGAGGCGCCCCCGCCGGCCCCGCCGGAACCGGAAAGACGGAGACGACCAAGGACCUUGCCAAGGCCCUGGCCGUGUACUGCGUCGUCUUCAACUGUUCCGACGGGCUGGACUACAAGAUUAUGGGCCGCUUCUUCUCGGGUCUCGCGCAGCAGGGGGCCUGGGCGUGCUUCGACGAGUUCAACCGCAUCGACAUCGAGGUGCUUAGCGUCAUCGCCCAGCAGGUCCUCUCCAUCCAGCAGGCGAUCGUGCAGGACGUCAAGACAUUUGAGUUCGACGGGAACAUGAUCCCGCUCAACAAAGGUUUUGGGGUGUUCAUUACCAUGAACCCGGGGUACGCCGGCCGUACCGAGCUUCCGGACAACCUCAAGGCUCUGUUCCGGCCUGUGGCAAUGAUGGUGCCGGACUACCGCCUUAUUGCCGAGAUCGUCCUUUUCAGCGAGGGGUUCACGAACGCUCUGCCCUUGUCGAACAAGAUGGCUCAGUUGUACUCCUUGUCCUCCGAGCAGCUAUCCAAGCAGGACCACUACGACUUCGGGAUGCGAGCGGUCAAGUCGGUGCUCGUCGCGGCCGGGCAGCUCAAACGCAAGGAACCCGGGUCCAACGAGGAUCUCCUCCUUAUCCGCGCCAUGCGCGAUUCCAACGUGCCCAAGUUCCUGGAGCACGACCUGCCCCUCUUUCAUGGGAUCGUGUGUGACCUCUUUCCCGGCGUGGUGGUACCGUACGUGGACUACGGGGUCCUCCAGGAGGCCAUCGAAGCGGUCCUCGACGACGAGCAGCUGCAGAAGGUCCCCAGCUUCAUCUCCAAGAUCAUCCAGGUGCACGAGACUCAGCUCGUGCGGCACGGCAUGAUGGUCGUGGGGGAAGCCGGGUCGGGGAAGUCGGCCAACGUCACCGUGCUCGCCAACGCGCUCAGCCGGCUGCACUCCGACGGGGUGGAGGACCGGGACGGCUUCUACAAGCAGGUCGACCGGCUGCACCUCAACCCCAAGUCUAUUACGGCAGGUGAGCUGUACGGCGAGUUCAACCUGAUGACGAGCGAGUGGACUGACGGGCUCGUCCCAAAGAUGGUUCGGCAGUGCGUGCAGGCCGGUACGGAGGGAUCAGACAACCGUAAAUGGAUCAUCUUCGAUGGGCCGGUGGACGCGGUCUGGAUCGAGAACAUGAAUACCGUCCUGGACGAUAACAAGACGCUGUGCCUGGCCAACUCCGAGCGCAUCAAGCUCCCCACCACGCUGCAUAUGAUGUUCGAGGUCCAAGAUUUGAGGGUUGCCUCCCCCGCAACCGUCAGUCGCUGUGGAAUGGUCUACAUGGAGCAGAUCCACGUUGGAAUCCGGAGCCUAGUCAGGAGCUGGGCCAUUCGCGACUUGCCCGCGCUCUUGUCGGAUACUGUGUCGUGGGAGCUCGUCGAAUUGAUAGAGAGGCACCUGGAGGCCGGCAUCACUUUCGUUGGUGAAGAGUGCAAGGAAACGGUACCGUCGAACCCUCACAACCUCGCGCAGUCCCUGCUGAACCUUCUCGGAUGCAUGCUGGACCCUGCCCAAGGGUUCGACGCUACCCACCCCAACAUUGGCACGCUGCUGAGGCUGGUGUUCGCGUGGGCGUUCGUGUGGAGCGUGGGCGCUAACGUAGACGACACCACCAGACCCAAGCUCGAGGCGUGGGUCGGUGACAACUUCCGGUCGCUGGUGGGCAGCGGGAGUCCCUUCCUCAGAGACGUGUACGGCAUGGCGGUGGAUCUCAAAACGGCCGAGUUCGUCCCAUGGACCACGCUCAUCGAGCAGUUUGUCUUCGACAAGGACGAGCCGUACUUCAACAUCAUGGUCCCCACCGCCGACACCACGAGGUAUGACUACCUUCUCGCUCGACUCACCCGCGGGGGGCACAACGUGCUCUACAUGGGAGACACCGGGGUCGGGAAGAGCGUCGUUAUGGAGAAGUAUCUGGAGAAGGCCUCCAACACGGAUGACUUUGUAGCAUACACCAUGAAAUACUCGGCUCAGACCAAACCAACCAAUCUCAAAGACAUGUUCGAAACCAAGCUCGAGAAGAAGCGCAAGACUCUGUUCGGCCCCCCAUCCGGCAAGAAAAUGCUCUUCUUCAUCGACGACCUCAACAUGCCCGCGCUUGAGGUCUACGGGGCUCAGCCCCCCAACGAGCUCCUUCGGCAGGCGAUAGACUCCGGUGGUUUCUACGACACCCAAAAACUGUUCUUCAAAGGCAUCAAGGACGUUGUUUUCCUGGCGGCGUGCGCCCCCCCGGGCGGCGGACGGAACCAAGUCUCCCCGCGGCUGCUUCGGCACUUUUCCAUGGUCUGGUUGACGGCUCUGUCCUCGGGUUCCCUCAACCGGAUUUUCCAGGCUGUUCUGGGGGGCUUCCUCCAGGCGAUUGUGCCCCCCCUGAAGGAUCUUACGGAGCCCCUGGUGGCGGCAUCGGUGAAGAUUUACGAGCGCAUCGCGAGCGAGCUGCUUCCGACCCCGGCGAAGAGCCACUACACGUUCAACCUUCGAGACCUUUCGAAGGUUUUCCAAGGCUUGCUAAUGGUGAAGGCGGAACACGCCGACACAAAGGACAAGUUCCUGCGGCUGUGGUGCCACGAAGAGAGUCGCGUCUUCAGGGAUAGGCUAAUUUCCGCUGAAGAUCGGACGUGGUUCAACGGCGCCCUUCAGAGCGUCCUACUGGAAUUCUUGGACGUAGACUGGAACACAGACAUGUUCGCUGAGCUUCUUUUCGGGGACUACCUCAACCGCGAGGACAAGGCGUAUCGACCAGUGGAAGACCGUGCGCUUCUGGCAGAGGCCCUUCUGGAGUACCUCGAGGAGUACAACGUUGAGUUCCCCAGUCAGAUGCACCUCGUCUUCUUCGCCGAUGCUGUGGCACACGUCAGCCGUAUCUGCCGCGUCCUCCGGCAACCGAGAGGCAAUGCCCUUCUCGUCGGGGUCGGCGGGUCCGGUAGGCAGUCCCUAACGCGCCUCUCCGCGUUCAUCGCGGGGUACAAGUGCGUCAGCAUUGAGAUCACCCGGGGAUACGGCAGCUCGGAAUUCCACGACGACCUAAAGGCGGUUCUGAUGACGGCUGGGGCGGAGAAUGUUCCCACCGUGUUCCUUUUCAGCGACAGCCAGAUCGUGGAGGAGUCCUUCCUUGAGGACUUGAACAACGUGCUCGGCUCGGGCGAGGUUCCAAACCUUUACGCCGCCGACGAGAUGGAGAAGAUCGUUAGCCUUGUACGGCCGCUGGCGAAGGCCGCGGGGAAGCUCGAGACGAGGGAUGCCAUCCUGCAGCACUAUGUGCAGCUGGUCCGCGAGAACCUUCAUGUCUGCCUGUGCAUGAGCCCGAUCGGCGCGGGAUUCCGAAAUCGCUGCCGGAUGUUCCCGGCCCUGGUGAACUGCUGCACGGUGGAUUGGUUCAACGCUUGGCCGGAAGAGGCCUUGGCGUCCGUGGCCGAGUACUUCCUGUCGGGGCGAUCAGGACUGGGCAUAGAGCCCUUCGUCGCCCCUCUCGGUGCUAUGGCGGUGGGAAUUCACCGGGCCGUGGAGAGGGAAACCGCCAGGUUCGAAAGGGAGCUGGGUCGAAAGACCUACACCACCCCCACGUCGUACCUGGAGCUUAUCAAGCUGUACCUCGAAAUGCUGGGGACCCAGCGGGAGUCUGUGAGCACCAACGAGAGCCGGUACCGUAACGGUCUCCACAAGCUGGAGGAAACAAAACAGAUGGUCAACGAGCUUCAGGGGACUCUUACGGAGAUGCAGCCUCAGCUGGCCCAGGCCGCCAUCGACACGGAGAUCCUAAUCAAGAAGGUCACGGCCGACCAACUAGCGGCGGACGAGCAGCAGGCCAUCGUCGAGAAGGACGUCGAGGAGGCCAACAAGGUCGCCGCCAACGUGCAGGUCAUCAAGGAUGACUGCCAGAAGGACCUGGACGAGGCGAUGCCUGCGUACUACGCGUCGAUCAAGGCCCUCGACUCGCUCGACAAGAAGAGUAUCCAGGAAAUGAAGAGCUUCACCAAUCCUCCUCAGAUGGUUGCCUACACGAUGGAAUCAGUGUGCAUCCUUUUCGGCAGCAAGCCCAACUGGAAGGAGUCUAAGAACCUCAUGUCCAAAAUGACCUUCAUGGACGAGCUCAAGGGCUUCGACAAGGACAACAUCCCCCCGAAGGUUAUCCGCGCCCUCAAAACCUACAUCGAGAACCCCGGAUUCCUGCCGGAGGAGGUUGCCAAGGUCUCUUCGGCCGCCAAGAGCCUCUGCAUGUGGGCCCGAGCGAUGUACACGUACGACAAGGUGGCCAAGAAUAUCGGGCCGAAGAAGGAGGCGCUCGCCCAGGCGGAGGGAGAGCUGGCGGUUGUCCAGAGCGAGCUCGGCAAGAAGCAGGAGGCUCUCAGAAAGAUCCUCGCGGACGUUGCAGAGUUGAAGGCCACCCUCGCCUCCACCGAGAGAAAGAAAGCCGGGCUAGAGGGACAGGCCCUGAAGACCACGGACCAGCUCAAGCGAGCGGAGCAGCUCAUCGGAGGCCUGGGGGACGAGAGGGAACGGUGGCAGGAGUCGGCCGACCGCCUGUCGAAGGAUCUUAAGAACCUCGUCGGCAACGUCAUGCUCGCCUCCGGUUGCCUUGCCUACCUCGGUCCCUUCACCAGCCAAUUCCGGAAGGACAUGGCGUCCGGUUGGGUGAAACUCUGCAAGGAGCGUUCCAUCCCUGUGGCCGACGACUUCUCCCUGGAAGGCGUUCUCGCGGAGCCGGUAACGGUACGGCAGUGGCAGCUCAUGGGCCUCCCCGCCGACGAGUUUUCGACAGAGAACGGGAUGCUGACCACGAUGGGAAGACGUUGGCCGUUGAUGAUUGACCCCCAGGGGCAGGCGAACCGUUGGAUUCGCAGCAUGUACGCGGACGCCAAUCUCCAGGUCAUCAAACUCACUGAGAAGGCUUUCCUUCGUACCCUCGAAAAUGGAAUCCGAUACGGGGCCCCCGUUCUGCUGGAGAACGUGAAGGAAGAACUGGACCCUGGGCUGGAGCCAGUUUUGCUCAAACAGGUGUUCAAGAGAGGCGGGCAGGUACUGCUGAGGCUGGGGGACACGGACGUGCCCUACAGCGAUGAGUUUAGAUUCUUCGUGACGACAAAGCUGGCCAACCCGCACUACAUGCCCGAAAUCUGCAUCAAGGUAACGAUCAUCAAUUUCACCGUGACAAUGACGGGCCUAGAAGAUCAGCUGCUCGUGGACGUGGUAAAGAACGAGCGACCCGACCUGGAGGCCAAGAAGGAUGAACUGGUGGUGAACAUCGCCAACGACCAGAGGACACUCAAGGAGAUCGAGAACAAGAUUCUUUACAUGCUCGUGAAUGCCUCGGGAAACAUCCUGGACGACGAAGACCUGAUUGACGCGCUGUCCCAGUCGAAGGUGACCUCCAAGGCCAUCAACGAGCGUCUUACGGAGGCGGAGCACACGACUAAGGAGAUCAACGACACGCGUGAGGACUACAGGGUCGUCGCGACGCGGGGCUCCAUCAUCUAUUUUGUCAUCGCGGGUCUGAGCAACGUGGACCCCAUGUAUCAGUACAGCCUCAAGUUCUACAAAGACUUGUUCUCGCAGCGCCUGCAGAAGGCCGAGAAGAACGACGAGGUGUCCGCGAGGCUCCGAAUCCUCAUCGACGACGUGAGCCUCAACAUGUUCACCAACAUCUGCCGCGGCCUAUUCGAGAAGGACAAGAUGAUCUACGCCUUCAUGAUCGCCGUGGGAAUCCUGCGACAGGCCGGAAAAGUGUCCGACCAAGAGUGGCGGACGCUGCUUGUCGGCGCGGUCGUCAUGGAAGCGGAUGCAGCGGGGGGCGCGGCGAGACAGAAACCGUCGAGCCUUCCGUGGAUGUCGGCGAAGGCAUGGGAUCAACUGCUGGCAUACGAGGCCACCCUGGGGCCUGCGUUCGCGGGCUUGCCGGCGGCUGUAGAGGCCGCGCCGGGUGACUGGAAGGCUAAGUACUUCGAGUCUGAGGCGCCUCACUUGGAGGAACCCCCCGGGGAGUGGGGGGGAGACGGAGGACGCCUGUCGGAGUUCCAGAAACUGUUACUGCUGCGGGCAAUACGCGAAGAGAAGACUGUCUUCGCGAUGAGGGUUUUCGUGCAGAAAAAUUUGGGGGCAGCGUUCGCCGAGUCCCCACCGUUCGACCUUCAGGCGGCCUACGAAGACUCUGUCUGCAUCACGCCGCUCAUCUUCAUCCUCAGUGCGGGUGCGGACGUUAACGACUACCUGUUGGGUCUGGGUGCUCAGAAGGGCAAGACCCCGACAAACGGUGGCCUGAAAAUCCUCUCCCUGGGACAGGGACAGGGACCGAUUGCGGAGCGGUUGAUGGUAUCCGGCAGAGAUAACGGAGACUGGGUGUGCCUGCAGAACUGUCACCUGGCGGUCUCGUGGCUCCCUACGCUGGAGCAGAUUCUGGAGAAGGCGAACGCGAUUCCAGAGGACACCCACGCGGAUUUCCGACUGUGGCUGACCUCGAGUCCGAGCCCUCGCUUCCCAGUGGCGGUGCUCCAGAACGGCAUCAAGAUCACCAAUGAGCCGCCGAAGGGGUUGCGAGCGAACCUAAUGCGGGCCUUCAAUGACCUCAAGGAAGAGGAGUACGAGUCGUGCUCCGCCGCCAGGGCAUUCAAGAAAUUGUGCUUCUCGUUGGUAUUUUUCAACGCUCUUAUACUCGAGCGACGAAAGUUCGGGGCAGUUGGGUGGAACAUCCCUUACGAAUGGAUGAACUCCGACUUGAAGGCCGCGAUGAUGCAGGUGCGCAUGUACGUGGAAGAGCAGGACGACGUUCCGUGGGAUACUCUGAACGUGAUCGUGGCGGACGUGACGUACGGCGGGAGGGUAACGGACGUGUGGGACAAGCGCACCAUCGCAUCCAUCAUGCGACUCUACUUCGAUCCAGGACUUCUUGACGAUUCAUACCGGUUCAGCGAAUCGGGCACGUACUAUGCACCGAGUGAGGGUUCCCUGGAGGAGCUGAAGGAAUAUACGAGAGGAUUGCCUGUGGAAGACCCACCAGAGACGUUCGGCCUCCAUCCGAACGCUGACAUCACUUUCCAGCAGAAUUUUACGAAUAACACAUUGGGGACGAUCAUCGCGCUUUCUGGAGGUGGAGGCGGGGAAGGUGGCGAUGCGGGGGACACGGACGUUCAGGUAGCGGAAGGCGCGAAACUUAUUGCCGCGAGGAUGCCGACACCGUUCGACGUUAGAAAAGGACACGAAGAAACCUUCAAAAAGGUGGACGGCGCAAUGAAUUCCCUGGGGGUCUUUUUGGGGCAGGAGGCGGUGCGGUUUAACGGCCUCGUAGCGGUCAUGCGAGCGACGCUGUCGGAGCUGCAAAAGGCCAUCAGGGGGAUCGUGGUUAUGUCUGGGCCUUUGGAAGAGAUGUACAACUGUUUCCUGUUCCAACGGGUGCCGCCAAGCUGGGAGAAGGCGGGCUACCCGUGCUUGAAGCCUUUGGCAUCGUGGACAGAAGACUUUUUCGGGCGGAUUGCGUUCAUCGGGGCGUGGCUAAGUGAGGGGCCACGAUCAAGCUAUUGGCUGCCUGGUUUCUUUUUCCCGCAAGGGUUCAUGACGGGGGUGAAGCAGACUUACUCGCGAGAUUACAAGAUCGCCAUCGACACCCUUGUCAUCGGCUGCCAGGUGAUGCCGUUCGGAGAGGAUACGGUAAGCGGAGGGCCGCCGGACGGGGUUUACAUCCACGGCCUGUUCAUGGAGGGAGCUCGCUUCGACAGAAAUGAGAUGCUCAUGGCAGAAUCGAUUCCAAGUCGAUUGUUCGACGAGAUGCCGUGCAUCUGGCUCAAGCCAUCAAGGAAAGAAGACGCUGACGGAAGCGCGGGCAAGUUAUACAACUGCCCUCUCUAUAAAACGUCCUUGAGGGCCGGGACGCUGUCCACAACGGGGCACUCUACCAACUUCGUGGCACCACUUACCAUCCCGAGCGGCAAGUCGGAAGACCAUUGGAUUCGACGAGGUUGCGCCAUGCUCUGCAUGCUGAACGACUAG